AAGGUGUUUGGUCUCUCUGUCUCUCUCUCACAUAUUUCCUCCCACCCACAAACAAGUUUUUGAACAUAGGGGUUCCAAGUUCAAACUCAAAAACUCAAAAGAAGGAAGAUCAGAAGAUGCCUUGCCUUUACAUCUCCACCAACGUGAACCUAGAUGGAUUUGACACUGAUUCCAUCUUUUCUGAAGCCACCAAAGCCAUCUCUUCCAUCACUGGAAAGCCCGAAGACUAUGUGAUGGUGUUGCUUAAGGGAUCGGUGCCCAUAUCAUUUGGCAGGAGCACCAGUGAGCCAGCAGCAUAUGGUGAGCUAGUAGCAAUGGGUGGAAUUAACAAACCAGUGAAGAGGCAGCUGAUUGCCACCCUUGGCACGAUCAUGGAGGCCAAGCUUUCAAUCCCAAAGACCAGAUUUUUUCUUAAAGUUGUUGAUAUAAGUACUGCAACGGGGUCUAAGCUCUGAUAUGGAAUUCAAAAAAGAUAAAAGAAAGGUUGAGGUUUA